AGUCCUUCCGCCGAUGUGCACGUGAAGACAGUUGACAUUGCGCGACAUCUUGGUGGAGUUUGGAGGAUAAUGGCUCGUAAAUGAUGAUUAAACAUUUUGAUCUAAACAGUUGUCAUGGCUUCAUCCUGUGGAAAGCUGUGUCUUCAGUGCAGAAGUCUCCUUUGCACCAAGACAGUGACUAGUACCUGGGGGUUUGUCUCUCAAGCUCGCUGUUAUACUGCUGUUACAAGGACACCAAUCAAAUUCCUACAUGGAUCACCAAUUAUUUUUGGGGAUCAGAGAACAACUCAGGCCACACUGAGAUUUAAACAACAGAUGUAUUAUUGUACCUUCUCUGCCAAACAUCAGAAAACGGAGGAGAAGGAAAACAAGGAUGUGGAGAAACUGUCAAAAGCUAAUGUGGUGUCAUAUAAGAACCCUUCACUGACUGUUAAAGAUGCUGUCACAGUGACAGAAGACCAGAUGUCUUUAGAUUUGGGUGCUGCCACUGAAUUUUCAGCGUUGGAGGAGAUCAGUGAUGAAGAGGCUGUCACUAUAUCUGUCCACUCUUCCAUACCUCCAGCCUCCACCUCUCUUAGAGACUACGUGGACCAGUCUGAGACUCUCAGCAAACUGGUACAGCUAGGAGUAAACCUGUGGAAGCUUGAACAACGGCCCAAUGUAGGAAACAUGCUGUUGAGGCUAAACUUCAGCACAGACGUGGCUCCAAGGCUGCUGUUUCUCAAAGAUAUCGGAGUGGGGCACUCUCGCUUUGGCUACAUCAUCUCCCACAACCCUUUCAUUCUCACAGAGAGUUUGGAAAACCUGCAGGCCAGGGUUAACUAUCUGAAGUCAAAGAAGUUCACUUCUGAGACGGUUGCAUCCAUGGUGUCCAGAGCUCCCUAUCUGCUUAACUUUAGUGUGAAGAGGCUAGACAACCGACUGUGUUUCUACCAGCAGCAGCUCAGCCUCAGUACUGCUAAUACACGGGACAUUGUAGCUCGUCUGCCUAGAUUGCUGUGUGGUAGUUUGGAGCCUGUUAAAGAAAAUUUAAAGGUGUGUGAAAUAGAGCUCGGCUUUAAGCAAAAUGAGAUCCAACACAUAGUUUUAGCUGUCCCUAAAGUACUGACUGCCAAUAAGAAGAAGCUAACCCAAAUAUUUGACUUCCUCCACAAUACCAUGAGCGUGCCCCACCACCUGAUCACCAAGUUCCCACAGGUCCUCAAUGCAAAGUACUUGCGUAUCAAAGAGCGCCACCUGUUCCUUGAGUACCUGGGCAGGGCUCAGUAUGAUCCAACUCUGCCCAGUUACAUCCCUCUGGACUGCCUGGUUUCUUUGCCGGAUGAGGAUUUUUGCACCGAGUUGGCUCUGGCCUCUUUGGAAGACUUUUAUUUGUUCCAAAAGACACUUUAAUUCCUCUUAGGUGGAUGAUUGAAUGAUCUUAAAACAGUGGUCAUGCAUGUGGAAUAAAUAGCGGUGUCAGAACCAUGCUGGCAUUGCAUUCUUUUAACACACACAGGAUCAACAACAUUUGUUUUGUAAAUAUGAUGUUGAAUAAAUAUAUUCUGUGAAUGGUG